GCAGCAGCAGCCACUGCUGCAGAGCAGCUGCCCAGCCCCGGCCUGUUAAGAAGCGCUCCCUCCAAGCUCCUUCUCAGCUCAGUGCCUGCACUGAUUGGAUUACCCAGUUACACAGCUGGUCCUCAUCAGCAAAUUGUGUAGCAUGGGAUGGACAGUGGUGCCGUUGUGAAGUGCCAGUGUGUUAAACAUCAGGCAAUCCAACUUCAUCUUCACAGGAACUCUAUGGGGCUGGAAAAGAAACACACACAACCAUUAUCCAUUGAGGAUGUCCACUGAGAUGGUGACUACCGAGCCAGUGCAGCCCCUGGACCUUUCAGAAGACAGAUUGGACAAGCUUGAUCCUCGCUGCAGCCACUUGGAUGAUCUUUCAGAUCAGUUUAUUAAGGACUGUGACCUCAAAAAGAAACCAAGAAAGGGGAAGAAUGUGCAGACCACCCUGAAUGUUGAAUCUGACCAAAAGAAACCCAGGAGGAAAGAUACACCUGCAUUGCACAUCCCCCCUUUCAUACCAGAUGUGAUUUCAGAACAUUUAGUUCAAAGAUAUGAUGUUCAAGAGAGACAUCCAAAAGGCAAAAUGAGCCCAGUUCUUCAUAACACUGACGUGGAACAGAAAAAGCCAAGGAGAAAAGACACGCCUGCCCUGCACAUGCCUCCUUUUGUAGCAGGUGUGACUCUGCUCAGAGACGAGAGACCCAGAGUGAUUAUGGAAGAUGACGAAAAGGACAGUGACAAGAUAGCUAUUUAAAGGCAUCUCCCCUGAGAUUGUGUGUAAAUAGGUUAGAUCGGUUCCCUAUGGUGACCUAGAGAAAAAAUAGCCAUCUCUGCCCUCAUUUCAUCCCAGUCUGACUUUAAGAUCGCGAUGCUCCUCCCCAGGAGACAUGAUGCUCAGAUUCCCAGUCACUUUCUUGUCUUUCUUCUUGAGUCUGUUUUCUAGUCCUAUUUCUUGAAUGUUUGUUUUCCAGUGCAGUGAGAAGGAAAUGGCUUUUUUAAAAAAAAAAAAAAAAAAAAA